AAGACAACAAUAUAAAAUCAAGGCGCCCCCCGCCAGAAACGUGUAGUUUCAUUCAAAUUGGUGGAAUUCAAGUUCAAAUUUUAGAUCAAGAUUUAUCUUUGGAAAAAAAUCUUAAUAAUAUUCAGCUAUUCAGUUUGACAUCCUUACAUUGCAGUUUUCAGUAAUGUCAAACGAAUGGGGCAGCGAAAUUGAAGCAAUGCCGUCCGAAAAGGAACUAUUUAUGAAAAUUAAAAUGCUUGAAAACAAUAUGCAAGAGAGGAAGUUGGUAACCUAUAAGCAGGCCCAAGACAACGACCGGGACAGAGGCGGCUGGGGAAAUAAACUCGACUUUCUUUUUUCUUGUAUUAGCUUGUCUGUCGGUUUAGGGAACGUAUGGAGGUUUCCUUAUUUGUGUUACAAAAACGGCGGAGGAGCUUUUAUAGUUACUUAUACCAUUGCAAUGAUUGUGUGUGGAAUACCGAUGUUUUUUCAAGAAGUGGCAAUCGGACAGUAUUUAGGAUCAGGAGGAAUGACUUUUGUAGGACAACUCUGCCCUAUAUUAAAGGGUGUAGGCUAUGCAGCUAUGACCAUAGUGUUCCUAUUAGAUGUUUACUAUUGUAUUAUUAUAUCAUGGACAAUUUUUUACUUAAUGAGUAUGUUUUCGUAUUUACCAGUUUUACCAUGGUCUGGUUGUGAUAACUGGUGGAACACCGCAGAAUGUUUUUCUUCUGUAAAUAAUUCCACGUCGAAUUUAAACUUCAAUUCCAGCAAAUUUUCCACUUCUGUUGAAGAAUAUUUUGAGCGUCGUGUCCUUGGGAUUUCUUCGGGAAUCGAAGAUAUUGGUGGAAUACAGUGGGGUCUGUUUGUCUGUUUAGCACUUGGCUGGAUAAUAGUUUAUGUUAUUAUAAGGAAAGGACUGCACCAAAGUGGAAAGAUAAUUUGGUUUACGGCUUUAUUUCCAUACGUCGUCCUCCUGAUUCUUCUGGGACGUGCUGUAACUUUAAAAGGGGCCAGUGACGGGCUUUUUUACUUUAUAAUGCCCAGAUGGGAAAAAUUACUAACACCUGGGCCUUGGAUGGAUGGUGCUACGCAAAUAUUUUUUGCAUAUAGUAUAGGUUGUGGAGCCUUGCCGGCUUUGGGCUCCUAUAACAAGUUCCAUCAUAACUGUUACAAAGAUUCUUUGAUUACAUGCGUCAUAAACACUCUGACUUCCUUAUUAGCUGGGGUUGUGACAUUUUCGAUUCUUGGUUACAUUGCUGCCGAGCAGAACGUAGACGUGGGACACGUCGUCAAAACCGGCCCAGGAUUAGUCUUUCUUACUUAUCCUGAAGUGGUUCUCAAAAUCCCUGGAGCACCUUUUUGGGCAGCCACUUUUUUUAUUAUGCUUGUGAUUUUGGGUAUUGACAGCGAAUUUUGCUUAGUUGAAGCUUUCAUCACCGGAAUUGUGGAUAAUUGGUCGGAGCAGUUAAGACCGCAUCGAAGUCGAUUAACCGUGAUUGUCUCCUUGUUAAUGUUUCUUUUAGGAAUUCCAAUGGUGACCAACGGAGGAAUGUAUAUUUUCCAGUUGAUGGAUUAUUACUCAGCAAGCGGAAUAUCUUUGCUAUGGGUGUGUUUCUUCCAAUCACUAGGAAUUUCAUGGAUUUUUGGAGUUGAUAAAAUCAAUGAUUGUAUCAAGCAGAUGGUGGGAGUCGAGCCCAAUAAAUAUUGGACUAUUUGUUGGAAAUAUUGCGGUCCUCUAAUUAUGAUUGUAAUCUUUACUGGACACUGUAUUGAAUAUACAAACGUUACUUACGAUACUUACAAAUACCCAAAAUGGGCGGAAUAUAUUGGGUUUGGAUUGAGCUUAUCGUCAAUGGUUUGGAUACCUUUAUAUGCUAUAUAUUACAUAGUGUCAGGCCCAGGAACUAUUUUCGAGAAUCUAAAAGCAGGUGUUCAACCCAUGAUUAAACAAAGAAAAAUAGCAGUUUGUGACAAGAGAACCGGUCUGCCUAUUACUGAGAGCAACAUAGGGCUGAUUUCACCUAGUCAGUCGAUUAUUUAAGCUUAGUGGUUUUGUGACGUUUUAUAUUCACGGACAUUUAAGCAAUUAAAUAUGCUGUCAGUCAGUCAUGUUAACUAAUUCAAUUGUAAAAAUUAAAAACAGAGAUAAAUUUGUUUGUGCAAAAAAUUUUAAUUGUUGGCAUACCUACCUACAUAUCUCAAAGUGACGGGCAUCGAGGAAUUAAACUCUGCUAUAGAAACGAAUAAAGUAUU